UCCGAGUCACUCGUACUCAUAUUGUGUGAACCGUAUUAAUUCAGAACAUUCCCAUUCAGUUAUUAUUUGAACAAUGAUCGUACCUGUGUUUACUUAAUCGACUUGAUGCAGUUUUCUAUGGAAACACCCCAUUUUUUGAGGAAUAUUUUUAUCAUAGUGUCAUAUUGAAUACCGGAGUCGAUAGCAUUAAUUGUUAUAUUUAUCAGGAAUAAUUGCUAUAACGUUAAACAAAUCGAUUCCGACUCGUGAUGAUUCGCCAAGUCUACAAGACAGGAACUCCGACAAGUAAUUCUUCAAAAGGUGCAAGGAGUAUAAUUGUAAAUUGAUUAUAUUUUGGCUGUGAGGAAUUAAAAUCUUCGGAGAGUUGAUGGCUCGCAACUAUGGCUGCCGUAGUGUCUAUAAUGAAUCAGAGGCGGUUCCGGAAGUCGUACGAGCGUCCGGACCGCAUGAACAGUGACGACGGGGACCAGCUAUGGGUUUUUCAACCACAUGCCAAACACGGCAGUCGAAUGGGUUCACACGGCUCAGACGGAAGUAAAACAGCACUAGACACGAGUAAAUCAUCGCCAUCGCAUCUAAGCGAUCCAUUGUCACCAUGCAGCGGUUGCAGCAUACCAAUCGCGCAUCGUUGUCAUUUACAGACAUGCGAAAGGAUCACAAUUAACGUCAGUGGACAAUAUUAUGAAAUUUGGGCAUCAAUUUUAAAUAAACAUCCUGACACUUUACUCGGUAAUCCGGAAAAACGUCUUCAAUUUUACGAUAGACAAAGAGACGAAUAUUUUUUCGACAGACAUAGACCAACAUUUGAAGCAGUUUUCAAUUAUUAUAAAUAUGGUGGCUACCUCCACAGACCAGAGCCAGUUCCAGAUGAUAUUUUUCUGUCGGAAUUAGAUUUCUAUGAAAUAGAAAAAGACAUUGUGGACCAUUAUAAAAAGGAAGAAGGAUAUAUCGAAGAAGAAAAGAUCCUUCCUGAGAAUGCCAUACAACGAAAAAUUUGGAUGUUGGUGGAAUACCCAGAAACCUCGUGCGUCGCCUAUGCAAUUGCAAUCGUUUCCGUGAUAAUAACUGUGUUGUCAAUAGUUUUAUUCUGCAUUGAAACUAUUCCAGGUUUAAAAAAAGAGUGUGAAAAAGAUGAUCCCGUGGAUUUUGUUAACCCGUUUUUUAUACUUGAAACCAUCUGCACAGCUUUUUUCACGAUUGAAGUGUUUGUGCGCUUCUUUUCGUGUCCAAACAAAUUGCUCUACUUCAAAGACUUCAAGAAUCUUGUCGAUGUGACGGCCGUUAUACCUUAUUACAUUACUCUAUCGAACAGCCUUACAAGUCAGAGCUGCGAAUCCUCAAAAUCCAGCACUUCCCUAGCAUUCUUACGUGUUGUUCGAUUAGUUCGGAUAUUCAAAUUAACAAAGCAUUCCGCAGGACUUCAGGUCUUGAUCCUUACUUUCAAAGCGUCACUUGAAGGACUUCUACUGUUUCUUGUUGCAAUGAGCGUUUGUAUUCUUUUGUUUUCUAGUGCAAUAUAUUAUGCUGAACACGAAAUUGAUGGCUCACAAAUUAGUAGUAUUCCAGACGGGUUUUGGUGGGCACUAAUCACAAUGUGCACUGUCGGUUACGGGGAUCAGGUCCCUAUCGGAUUUUGGGGGAAAAUUAUUGGAUCAAUGUGUGCCCUUUCAGGGGUUUUAACUCUAGCUAUACCUGUCCCAAUUAUUACAGAAAAUUUUAACAAGUUUUAUGCUCACAAAACUGGAAGGGGACGAACCUGAGUCAUGUUUUAAUGUUAUUUCAGCACAUAUUCAGAAAUCUAUAAAUGAGAAUUAGAACAAGCAAUGGAUAUACAUUAUGUUCGCAUUGGAUAUGAACUCAAUUGGCUAAUUUUAAGUAAAUUGAACAAGCUAAUAACAGGUAAUAUCAUUAAAUGUCAUUCGUACUGAUAUUAAAUAUUUCAGUAAACAAUAUCCUUAAAGAUAUUCAAAUUGUCUACAUGCAAAAGCAAACACACUAAAACGAAAACGAUAUCACCAUACAAAGGAUGAGUAACCGUUAUUUAGGAAUAUGUAUGAAUUCCAUUUAUGUUAAAAUAUAAAAUCAACGGAACAAUUUGUACAACAUAACAACAUUUCCUAAUAAUAUAUUUUUAGUAACAAGAAGAGAUUUUGCAUGUUAACUUUGAAUGUAAAUUUUCAUUCCAAAUAGAUUAGCUGAACAUCGUUCUGACAAGUAUGACAUCUAUACACAAUGGUUUGAAGAUGUAUCACACACACACACACACACACGCACGCACGCACGCGCGCACACACACACAUACAAACCAAAGAGCCUGGAAUAAUAUGCAUAAUUAUACCUUAUAAUGUUAUAACACAUUUUGAUUUUUCACAAACAAACAAAUAUAGUUUAAAUUUGACCGAGUUUUUAAAUAAUAAAUAUUAAUAGGUUAUAACUAUUGUAUAACUUGUAUAUGAAUUCUUAGACACAUUGUAAUUUUUAUAGACAUGAUUUUUUUUAUAUCUUUCGUUUAUUUCAUUAUUCUUCAUGCUGUAAAUAUUUUUUCUCUUACAAAAUUGUUAUUUUACCUUUUUCAAUAGAAAUUCGAUGGUAUUAUUUUGACAACAGGUUGAAUGCCUUGCCUAUAUUUCAAUUUCAAUCAAACUGAGUUCGCCUCCUUUAUGUCAAAUUUUGCAAUAAAUCCACUCUGAUACUUUUAAGUAGUUACUCAGUACGAUAUAACAAUUUUCUUAUCAUUAUCACUGCCGUUUUAAAGUCAAUCAUACUGACGUAAUUCCGCAAGAGCUAUUUGGUACGGAAAAUUAGCCUGUUUAAACCAAACUAUAUUUAACAUGUUUGGUUUUCAAUAUCAAACCUUUCUUGAAGUAAUUCAUCUAAACGUUUGAUUUAAAGCACAUAUUCUGAAAUCAUUAUUAAAUGAAUUCCAGAGAAUUUUUCGUGAAGGGAAUUUUAAACAAAGACGUUAAUAUAAAAGCAGUAUGUGUGUAAAUAAAAGAAAGUAAGAAAUCAAAUAAAGAUCAAAAACUAAUUUCUGUUCUUAUUCUAAACUGAAAUGAAUGAAAACGUUUAUAAUCUUUUGAGUAUCUUUUAAUUAUCAUUAGUUUGUUUUUAAUUCAUAGACUUUUGUAUGAUAUUAAAAGAUUGGCUUAUAAUAUAUUCAAGUCUUGAUUUGCGUGGCACUAAAGUCAUAUUUUUAAUUGACCACAUUAUUUAGAUUUAAGAUAAUAACACAUUACAAUGUACUAUAUUUUGUAGAUGUUCAAUGCUUGACAAAUAAUUUACUCGUAAUAUAUUCUCCAGAAAUAAACACUUCCAUAGCAAGGCUAAUUUAUGCUGUAUUUAUUCUAUUUCUUUUUUAAUUUCUUCGUAUAAAGAAUUGUAUUACUUGUUUGUAAUAUAUAUCUUAUCAUUUAACAUAUCUUACAUCAAAACAGUUAUGUAUAAAAAUGAAAUACAUGGCAACAAUUAUCAUAGAUAUCUAGAUAUGAAUUAAAAAAAAAACAAUAUUCGAAAAAUAACAGUCUGAAGUAAAGCCUUACAGUCGGCUGUAGGGUUAAAAGUAAUGUCGUUUGAGUAUUGCUUAAUAAGAUUUUCUUAAUGUUGAAAAAUGAAAUUAUUAUAAAUAUUAAAAAUAUACCUUUAAGACCAUUUAUGUGGCCGAUAAAAACGGUUAUUUUCAUCAUUACCUGCUUUUUUUCUAGAAGUAAUGUAAACUUAUGUACAUAAACGAAAUCAAUAAAAUGAACGUUAUAAAUUAUUAACUAGAUCUUUAGGGGCAACACAAAUCAAUAUGUAACAGAAGCAUUGCUAAUUAAAUUCUAUAAUAAAUAAGAUAAAAUGUUAUAAUACACUUUGCUUAGUCAUUGUUUGAUAGUUUCGUCAUAAUAGAAUUAUUAGAAAAUAAUGUUUAAAUGCAUAAGAGGUUUUUAAAAGAUAUGCAUUUUUACACAUUAGUCAUUUGUUCUUUUUUCUGCUAAUCUAAGUGUAUCCUAUAUCUCUAGAUCAUUGACAGGUUCUUAUAUAUACUAUUAUUAGAUUUGUCCUUUAUUGAAUGAAAUGUCUGCGUCAGAUGGCUCACCAGUAUUGAAUUAUGCACCAUAUGUUAGGCAAGGAGAGACAAAAAUGUACAUACGUCACAUAUACAAUUUCUCAUAUAUUUAGCAAAAUGUAUUUGUAUUAUUUUUACUUCUUCAUAAUCAACGUAUAGUAGUGAUAGGUAUAUUUAACCUCGUGUGUUCUCUAUAUAAACGUAUUGUUUUAUUCAAUUUUUGAUUACAUUCUAAGCAUGUAUUGAUUUUCUAGACAUAUUACUCCGACAAAGAGAGGUAAACAUGGUGAAAACAUAUUUGAAAACAAUUCAAAAUACGUGACUCAGACAAUUUUACAAGAUUCAAUUCCUUUUGCGAGUUUUGAAAAAGAGACUAGAAUUAGGUUAGGAUUUCGCAGUUACUUCUAGGUUAUAGCGAGUAUUCUAAUAAGACGUAAGUUUUCUUGAAGAAUUGGAUUUUGCUGAAGUGGCUUUCUCAGGAUGAUGUACAUAUAGCAGCGGUAAUUGAAAUCAAUUACAACACGGUAUAACACGUCAGUGUCGCGUUCUAUAUCACUUGUAUAGAUUUUUGUUGAAGUAACGUGUUCCAAUUCUGCCUACUCGGAACCAGUCAUCAAUUAGUAAUUUCAAUAAUCUAUUCAACUGAAGCGUACCGUUGUUUCUACUAAAACCAUGAGUUACCGUUCGAUACUCUCAAUAAUAUACGAUCCCUUGAUAGAAGUAUGUAUCUCAAAAACAGGCUUAUUCUCUUGUACAAAGCACGCUUCGGUUCGAUAACAGUUAUAGUUCCGUGGGGAAUUUAUAUAAUCAAAAUAAUAGAGAACAAUAAAGACUAUCGGGAUAUUUUCAAUGAAAAUUGACUUUAACAAAUUAUAGUGCGGGAAAGUCUAUCAGAUUUAUUUGAAUGUUAACACAAUUUUUUCUAUUGAUGUUUCCUGUGAAAACAUCUGAAUUGUCUAUGUACAUUUCGUUUACUAAAAAACAAAUUGUCUUU